AUGCCGAAGUUAACACCGGAGUAUGCGUUAAAAUUUACUAAACUAAGUGUAUCGCCUAUGGGUACUUGGCCGUCUACAUUGAAAUCAACUAAAAGAGAAUUGAUAUUUCGUGAGAUCAGAUGGUGGAUAUCGUUUUUAAUAAUAUUAUCGUUUAUUUUUGCUGAGAUACGUGGAAUACGUGAACAUUAUCAUAAUUCCGUGAUAGUUACCCAAUCGAUUUGCUUUUUUAUGGGUUCUAUGCAGAUAUGGAUUAAAAUGAUCAUUUUUAAAUGUCAAUCCAUGAGACUUAAGAUGGUUACCUUAGGGAUGGAGGAUUUCAUCAAAAGGAUGAACGAUUUUGAGAGAACGAUUCUGCAAAGAUACGUCGACAAAUUCGCCAUGUUUCAUCUUGCUAUGACGUUUAGUUAUUACACGAUCUGCGUGGCCUUUAUCCUUGGACCGACGAUAUUACCACGUCCAUUUCCAACAUUUGCCGAAUAUCCGUUCAAAGUAGAAUCUCAUCCAAUCCACGAGAUCAUUUAUUUUCAACAAGCAUUCGUUGGCAUCCAAGCGGCCGUAGGUGUGACCAUAGAUUGUCAGAUUGCUUUUUUACUUUGGUACACAGGUGCCAGAUUCGAAAUUUUAACGAUUAAAUUGAUUAAUAUCGUUAACGAAGAUGAAUUAAAUGAUUGCAUUAAAUUACAUCACGAUUUACUUAGAUAUGGAAAGGACGUCAUCAAAGCAAUACGUUUUAUAAUACUCACAAGUAUUGGUGUUUCGUCGGUGUGCAUAAUAUUCGGUGGUGUUCAAUUUCUAUUCGUUGAUAAUCUGAUGGAAAUGAGUUCUGCCGUCGGAUCGGCAGCAUAUCAGUCAAAUUGGAUCGAUAAAUCUAAAAAAAUGAAAAGCAGUAUAUAUAGUUUAAUUCAAAGGUCACAGAAACCUUUGACCAUUUCGAUCGAUGGUAUCUUACCUUCUUUAUCAUUGCAGUAUUAUCUAUCGAAUCAAACAAAUAAUAUUAUCAUGAAAUUUACUAACGAAGCAGCAUUAAAGUUUACAAAGAGAAGCGUUGCUCUAUUAGUUGCAUGGCCACCACCGACGAACACCUCGAAGAAAAAAUUGUUCUUUCUCGAUGUUUACUUUUACGUAUCCUUUCUAAGCGCUCAGAUAAUGUUAAUGGCUUUAGCAAAUGGAAUGUACGUUCAUCGCAAUAAUUCUGAAAUGAUUAUAGAGUUAAUAUGUCUUGCAAUCACUAUGAUAAAUAUGACUAUUAAAAUGAUGAUAUGUAGAUGGCAACGUUCGAAUUUGCAGUCGAUAAUAGAGGAAAUGGAAAAUAUUAUUAAACAAGCCAUGCCAUACGAACAAGCUAUACUAGAAAAGUAUGUGAAUAGAUCGGCGAUACUACACAUAUCCCUUACAUUUGGAUUUUAUUUAGCGGGUACGAAUAUCGCUUUGGGACCAAUAUUUCUACCACAAUCUUUACCCAAUUUUGCGGCUUAUCCUUUCAACACGGAAUCACAUCCCAUUUACGAAAUUAUUUAUUUUCAACAAGCAUUAUCUGCUGUACAAGCUUGUACAGCUGCCGCAAUUGAUUGCCAGGUUGCAUUUUUACUAUGGUUCGCUGGUGCAAGAUUUGAAAUGUUGAAAGUUGAAUUUGCAAAUAUCGUCGACGAAUAUGAUCUUACACGAUGUAUAGAGAAACAUGGUCAGAUACUCAGUUAUGCAGAAAAGAUAGUAAAAACUGUGCGUACCCUAAUUUUCACCGCUACUGUUAUUACGGGCAUAAUAAUUGUCAUUAGUGGACUUAUAUUUAUAUUUUCAAAUGAAGUAGCGGUCAAAUUCCAAUUCCUCGUGUUGGAUAUUGUCGCUGUUAUUCAAUUAUUUUUGAACUCAUAUCCUGCUGAAAAUUUAAUACAAAUGAGUACUGCGAUUGGAAUGGCAGCUUAUAAUUUAAAUUGGAUGGAUAAUUCACGAAAAAUGUGGAAAAAUGUAUACUUUCUAAUUCAAAGAUCUCAGAAACCAAUUACAGUCUGUAUUCCUGGAUUUAUACCUGCAUUGUCUCUAACUUAUUACAUGUCGUUUCUGUCAUCCUCAUUUUCAUACUUCACAACAUUGAGAGCUUUUAUUAAUUAA